AUGGAUAACAACGAUUUUCUACGUGAUUCAUUAGAAUAUGAAAAGGGGAAGAGUGAAGUAUUAUCCGAGCGUGUUGCAACCGCCCAUCACUUGAAGAAUAUUGCUAUCCGAGAAGGGAAAGAGAAGAAAAAUAAGAAUGAGUUGAUGAAAGUUGAGAAAGAUCAAGUGAAGGAAAGAUUGGAUAAAACACAUUUAAAACAGCUGAAAAACAACGAGAUGGUUUUAAAAGAACAGAGAAUAAGUGUGAUUUUUAAGAUGAAAAAAGAGGAAAGGAAAAGGAAUCGAUACAAAACUUGUCUUUCUCGUGUCAUCCCUCCAUAUGACGGACUCGCCAGUAGAAAAGGACAAUAUAACAGAAUAGAAAAAGCUUUUUCCUAUCUACAGUAUCUGGGAGGUUAA